CUUUCUGGGUCGGCUUGCCGUGAGCCUUCCCUCCUUCCGAUGACCUGAAGCCUGCUUCGGGAAGGCCAAGAGCCGGACAUUGAGAGAAUGCUGGAGAGGCUGAGCCCGCAGGACCUUGUGGCGCUUGGGUUCUUGGCCUUGGCCAUUGCCUUCAUUCUGGUCCUUUUCCCCUGCUACCUGGGCUUCGUUACACUUACUGGCUGCGGCCCGCGGAGGGUACAGAGCAUUUGCUCCUACCUGCUACGAAAAGCGAAGAAACGGAGCACCUUCUCCUUCGACAAGAUCGCGGACUGCCUCUACCUUGGCAGCUUGCCACGGAGCCUUAGAGAUCUGGAGGGCCUAAAGAAAGCCGGGGUCGGAGCCAUGGUUACUCUCAAUGAGCCAUGGGAGAUGGAGCUGUCCAACCUCUACGUUAAGGAGUGUGGCCUGAAGCACCUUCAUCUUCCCACUCCCGACUUCUUCGCUCCGCAGCAGCAGCAGAUCCAGGAAGCUGUGCAGUUUAUCACGGAGCAUGCCAACAGAGGCGUCGGUGUAUAUGUGCACUGCAACGGUGGAAGGGGCCGCAGUGCGGUGUGCGUCAUCUGCUUCCUGGCGAGCUAUCAAGGCUUAGAGCCCGAGAAGGCCUUCGACUUGGUGAGGUCCAAGCGGAAAAUCGCAUCCAUGAAGGGAGGGCUUGGCCUUCACAAGCAGUGGCGCGCAGUGAAGCGCUUUUGCCGACGGCUGCAACGACCGCCGAAACGCGUGGAAGCCUUCGUCGAGCCCCCCGACAGCCCUGACAGCCCCAGCAGCCCCAGUGAUCCACUUCCGGAGCCCGAGAAGCGGGACGUGCAACUGGAAGUUUGCAAGGAGCCGGGGAAGGACUCGCCGAUGGCCUGCGAUACCGGCAGUGUACUGCCCCAGCGCGAGGUGGAGUCACCCCACAUGCCUUUGCACGCGGAAGAACGUGCAGCGGCGUUCGAGGAGGUCAAAUCCAGCGACGACAGCUCAGAUGAGGAGCCGCCAUUGCUUGAAUGAGGGAGAACCUGUGCGGCUUUUUUCCCCUGCUCUCUGAGCGGAGAGGAAAACAUGGGGAUGAAGCCAUGCAAAAAGAAACA